UUGCCAAUUUGGUUCAAGGUUUACGGUACAGCAUGGCAGCCUCUUGCUACUCGUGGGAGCAGCUAACGUUACGUUAGCUAGAAUGUUCUUCUAGCCUAUUCGUGUAUCUGUGUUAAAGGGAAGUUAACUUGUUUUAAAAAGACCCAGUGUGUCUAUUUUUCCAAUACAGCUUUAUAGGACUCUUGUAAAGCAGUGCACAUCAUGGCAGAAGACAGACCAACUAGGAGAUAUCCCCAGAACCUUCAGGGGGUCCUGCGUCUAGCAGUGGAUGCUGGUUCAGCCGCAGAGGGUCCUGCCACUGUUGAACCCAUGUCAGAGGAGAGGAAGACAUGGCUGGGAGAUGCUCUUGCAGAAGUCUGUAAAGGCCCAAUGGAUGAAGUGGAGCAGAUAAAGCACUGCUUGGCCGUCUUAAGCAAAGAAGGAAGGAGAGAAAGGGAGCGAGAAGGAGAGGAGGAGAGGGAUGAAGAGGACGAAGAUGAGCGGGAAUCAGCCUUUGAAUUGCUGUCAGAGUUGUGUGAGAACCUGGACAAUGCUAGAGACCUAAUGACUCUUGGUGGACUGGAAUUGUGCCUAUCCCAGUAUCUGUGUCAUGCCCAAAGUGGACUGAGGUGGCGUGCUGCCCAUCUUAUUGCUAUCUGUGCCCAGAACAUGUCGCAGGUGCAGGUCCACUUGUUUAGCAUCGGGGCAUUGCCAAAACUGCUGCAGCUGACAGACUCAGACCCCCACCCCACCGUCAGAGUGAAAGCCCUUUAUGCUGUGUCAUGUCUGGUUCGAGAGCAAGAGGCAGGACUCCAGGCAUUCUUGUCCCAUGAUGGCUUCUCAAUGCUGAUGCGAGGCAUGCAGUCGGACAACGAAAAGCUCAGAACUAAGUCUGCAUUCCUUCUGCUAAACCUGCUCAUGUCACAUCCUGAACAGAAAGACACAGUUGUUUCCAUGGGUAUGAUACAGCAGCUGGUAUCUAUUCUUCGCACACCACACGCAGAUUUCCAUGAACAUGUGCUUGGCGCCCUUUGCUGUCUGGUGGAAGACUGUCCACAGGGUCUCAAAGAGUGCAGGAAUCCUGCUUUGGGUCUGGAGGAGUUACUCAGACAGCUAUCCAAAGAGCUCCAAGGAAAAGAAGAAAGCCAGGAAGAACUGGACUUCUGUGAGCGUAUGAGGGUUACUUGUUUCCGCGGGCAGCAGUCAGAGGACAAUGGGAUGGAUCGCUGAAGUCUUAUUUACCUCACCUGGUUUGGUAUCAGUGUGCAAAGAUGUAAAGAAUAGAACACUUAUGAUCUGGAUUGUAGAUGUUGAGCAAAGUUUUUGUCUAUUAGGACAGAUGCUGUCCAUAUUUUGCAUGCAGUGCGGGAGCUGGAUUGUACUGUGUAAAUAGCUCUAAUGUAUAAAAAUACUUCUCAAGUAGGCUG